AUGGCAACAAUUCUGAUUGAUGACGUCACGUUGUCUUUUUCAGCAUCUGCCUGCUCCAAAUUGACAUCUGAUGGUAAAAUUGAUACUACGAGUUGCGGUGAACUUCGUCCAGCCAUCUGUCAAAAAGGCAAGGCCAGAGAUUCUCUUUCGGUUCUUCCGGCGCCAACAUCGGCAUCAGGAUCAAUCAAGACAUGUGACACAAAAAUCGGAUGGACUCUUCACGGCUCCCACUGCUACAAGAAGAUGGAGACCCCCAACGGUUGGCUGGGGGCUCGUUACGACUGCCUCUGGGAGGGCGGCGACCUUGUUUCCAUCACCUCCAAGGACGAGGAAGACUUUGUGAAGGAGCAAAUGGACGACAAGCCGUUCUGGAUCGGACUCUCCAAUCUGAACUGCGACGAGGACGUGUGUGAGUUUUCGGAAGCGGGAGAAAAGAGGCUGACUUGGUCCCACACCGCUGUGACGCCGACCUACGCCAACUGGGACUCGCGUCAAGACGGAAGCGCCAACGUUGGCUCCUGCGCGUACGUCAACCAAGGUGUGCACCUCUCCAGUCAGCCUGGAAAGUGGAGACAUGGAUCGUGCCAAUCCUCCUUGGCGUACAUGUGCAAGUGGUCCCCGGAUGACUGCCCGGACGGAUGGCCGUGUUCCUACAAAGACUUGGGUUACGGUUACAGACGAGUUGAGACUUCCUUCUGCGACUCUGGCGAGUUCCUGUACAAGGACUCGUGUUACCAUUUUGAGGGGACACAUACAAACCGGGAAGCGGCUGAGAAUUUGUGCAAGAACAAGGGAGGUCACCUGGCCAGCGUCCACUCACUGGUUGACGGACAAUUUUUGGCUGCUCACCGGCCACUAGGAUGGUAUUCUUGGCUGGGACUCAGCCGGAACAAUGGCAACUUGGAGUGGCGCGACGGAUCAGCUACAGAUGACGUCCCGUUGUAUCUUCCUGCAACACCAUAUACCUGCUCCAAAUUGACGAGUGACGGUGAAGUUUACAUGGACACUUGCGAAACCCUUCGUCCAUCCAUCUGUCAAAAAGGCAAGGCCAGAGAUUCUCUUCCGCUUCUUCCGGCGCCGACAUCAGCAUCACGCAAGAGCGCAAAGUGCGGCUGGUGGCAAGAAAACCUCGCCAACGACGAUUUCUGCUACCUGAUCAACUCCAAGCCCACCAAGACCUGGAAGGAGGCGCGAGACAAGUGCGCCCGCCUCAGAGGCAACCUGCUCGGCAUCUCCGACUCGCAGGAUCACACCUUCGUCCAAGGUCUUCUGCCAAACGCUUCCUCCUCUUUGUGGUUGGACGCCAGCGACACCAUAGUCGAAGACGGCAGCAAGAAGUCUGAGCAGUCCUCACCGAGUUCCGUCCAGUUGGCCGCCGCAGGUAACCCUGGUGACCCCUCCGCCCGGCGCUGCAACUCCUUACUCGGUGGCAAGGGCGGCCGGGAAGUUGGCGAUUGCGAGAAGAAGCAUGGCUACGUCUGCAAGAGAAGAGUCAUUCAGACAUGUGAUAGGACCAAAGGGUGGCGCCGCUUGGGCUCCAAGUGCUACAAGAAGAUGGCGACCACCAACGGUUGGCUGGGGGCUCGUUACGACUGCGUCUUAGAAGGCGGCGACCUGGUCUCCAUCACCUCGCCAUACGAGGAAAUCUUUGUGAAGGACCAAAUGGGCGACAAGCCGUUCUGGAUCGGGCGCUCCAAUCUGAAAUGCAACGAGGCCUGGUGUCAGCUUUCGGAAGCGGGAGAAAAGAGGCUGACUGGCGCCGACGUUGGUUCCUGCGCGUACGUCAACCAAGGUGCGCACGGAGGCAGUCAGCCUGGCAAGUGGAGACAUGGCUCGUGCGGAUCCUCCUUGGCGUACAUGUGCGAGCGGCCGCUCGACGGUAAGUGUGCACGUCCCUUGCCAUGUUGA